CCCCCCUCGAAUCUUUCAGUUUUUUUUCUGUCUUGAUGUGUCUUUGUUUAGAUGUUGCCUGGUUGGGGCAGGAGACUUGGGACCAGAGGGGUGGGGAGUUGGUGAGCGAGCUCGGGAUCAGCGGGUGACCCCAAAGUUCUUGGCUUUUCUACUUGGAAGGGGGGGUGCAGGGGAGAGGAGAGGAGGAAGCAUGGGUAGCUUCGCGAAGCUGGCUAGGAGGGCGGUGGAGACGGACGCGCCGGUCAUGGUGAAGAUACAAGAACUGCUUCGAGGGGCCACGGACGUGAUGUCGCUUGCCCAGGGAGUUGUUUACUGGCAACCUCCUGAGUCAGCUAUGAAUAAGAUUGAAAAAAUCAUCAGGGAACCAGCAGUCAGUAGAUAUGGUUCUGAUGAUGGACUUCCUGAACUUCGUGAAGCACUUCUCGAAAAGCUACGCAGAGAGAAUAAGCUUACCAAGUCAUCAGUUAUGGUCACUGCUGGUGCAAAUCAGGCUUUUGUGAACUUGGUCCUCACUCUUUGUGAUGCUGGUGAUUCCGUUGUCAUGUUUGCACCAUAUUAUUUCAACGCCUACAUGUCAUUCCAGAUGACAGGUGUUACUGACAUAUUAGUUGGUGCUUGCGACCCCAAGACACUUCAUCCUGAUGUUGAUUGGUUGGAGAAGGUUCUGAAAGAAAAUGGCCCUAUCCCUAAACUUGUUACUGUUGUGAAUCCGGGGAAUCCCUCAGGAGCUUUUAUUCCCAGGCCUAUGCUUGAGAGAAUUUCAGAUCUUUGCAAAAAUGCUGGUGCAUGGCUUGUUGUUGACAAUACCUAUGAAUACUUUAUGUAUGAUGGAAUGGAGCACUAUUGCUUAGAAGAUAAUCAUAUUGUCAACCUCUUCUCAUUCUCGAAGGCUUAUGGAAUGAUGGGGUGGCGUGUGGGAUACAUUGCAUUUCCAAAUGAAGCUGAUGGCUUCCAUGAUCAGCUUCUCAAAGUGCAAGAUAACAUACCUAUCUGCGCUUCCAUCAUCGGGCAGCGUCUGGCACUCUACUCACUUGAGGCUGGACCUGCGUGGAUCAAAGAAAGGGUGAAAGACUUGGUGAGAAACCGAGAGCUGCUCGUGGAGGCGCUGUCUCCGCUUGGCGAGGACAAUGUCAAGGGUGGGGAGGGCGCCAUUUACCUCUGGGCAAAGCUACCGGACAACUGCUCGGAUGAUUUUGAAGUUGUCAGGUGGCUCGCAAACAAGCACGGGGUCGCUGUGAUCCCCGGGAGCGCCAGUGGAGGUCCUGGAUACAUCCGCGUCUCCUUUGGUGGGCUCAAGGAGGAAGAUACCAGGCUUGCUGCAGAGAGGCUGAGGCGCGGCUUGCAGGAGCUGGUGGCGGAUGGAAUGGUACAGUAACCGCCCAUUGGUGUAAGUAAAAGCUUAACAUUCAAGUUUUACAGGACUCCGAUUUUCCAAUGGUAUAAAAAUUCGUCUGGGAUUAAUCCGAGAGAAGAAAAGGACCUAUUUUCAAGAAUACAAUGUUGUUCACAAGGGCAAUUGGUGGAACGAGAACUGGGACAGAAUAAAAGGCAUCCAGCCUGCAGAGUAACCUAUGUUAUAAAUAGCAUAUCACCAUUGAGUACUUGUUGCUGUUUGACUUCCAGUUUUACAUUUUACUGAUGACAGCAAUUGUACACAAACCUAAGUACAAGACUAUAAGAGUUAUGAGCUGUUCUUGACAUGCUUCCCUC